UAUUCCAAGUAAAGUAGAAUGAGGAAGUAAAACUUUCACUUGCAUGCUGAGUAUGGAUAAACUGUUGGCCUGUCGUUUCCGCCACCCUGACGCUGCCGUCCGUCUCAUAUGUUUCCCCUGGGCAGGGGGAGGGUCCGGGUACUUUAACAACUGGGGCAAACUCGUGCCAAAUACUGUGGAAGUGUACUCAUUGCGACUACCAGGAAGAGAAGUGCGGCUGAAGGAGCCAUGUCACAAGAAGAUGGAGGCCCUCACGAAUGACAUCUCCUCAACUCUCCUGCCUAAUCUUAAGGACAAACCGUUUGCAUUCUUUGGACACAGCAUGGGUGCUUUCACGGCAUUUGAAGUAGCCAGGUACCUACAGAAGUGGUACGGUCUGCAGCCACAGCACCUGUUUGUGUCUGGAGUGUCUGCACCUCAGUCCCCUCUUAGAUACCAGAAGGACAGACAGCCAGUAUCUGAGAUGUCUGAAGAGGCAUUUCUUGACUACAUCAUGCAGGAUAUAGGAGGAACACCUGAGGAGAUUCUACAGAACAAGGGGAUGAUGAAGCUGUUUCUACCUCCACUCAGGGCCGACUUGGAGUUACUAGACACAUACAACUACCAUAUCCCAGACUCAGGCCCAGAGCUGUCCUGUCCUAUAACAUGUUUUGAUGGAACUGAAGACAGAGACCAUGAUCUGGAUGCAUGGUCUGAGCUGACAAGUCACAGUGCCUUUCAGAAAACUAAACUUCCCGGUGGCCAUUUUUACCUUCUUGACAAGACCAAUGAACAGACUCUGCUCAAACAUAUCAUACAGACACUGGAAAACCUUUGACAUCAUAAAAAAUAUUUAAUGUUAUGUAUCAUUGUCCAGUAAUCUAUUCAUAUCUCAAAAAUAGUAGAAACUUAUAUUUAUUUUAUUUCCAGCUGUCAGCUAUCAAUGAAGGUUAGACAUCCAGGUAAUAAUAAGAUACACCAAAAAGCAGUUACUCAAGCAGUUGGAUAUGAUUUUGGAUUUUCAAUAGGAAAUUGACUCAUUUGCAUCAACUUCGUGUUAAGGUUGUCUAAUAAGUUUGUCUUACCCUUGUUUCCCAAUGGAAUCCAAAAAUAUGCCUUCAGGCUUCAGUCUUACCUUGUCUUACCUUGUUUUCUAUUGGACAUCCAAAAUUGUCUUCAGCUCUUUUGCAUUAAAUUAUAGUUAGGUUCUAAGAAAAAAACACAGUUUUUUCCAGAUCUGUUCAGUGUCACUGACGAAAGACAUGGAUACUACAAUUAUGUAUCUGAAAUGUCUGACUGUUUCCAAAAUAAAAUAUUCAGUUGCUGGAGUAACUGCUUUUUGGCUUAUUUACAGUCUGUGUACUUCUAGAUCUUUACAUAACUUUUUUAUAAGUCACAGUCAUAACA